AUGGCCACCGUUGCUCUUCGCACAAAGGUUAUGAAGGAGGCCAUUACGGUGGUCUGCAGGAUUAGGCCAUUAAACCAGGCAGAGCGCACGAAAAGCAGCGCUGCAUGCUUAACUUUUCCGUCUUCGACAUCGGUCUGCAUAGGGGGGAAGACGUACACAUUCGAUAUGGUGUUCACACCGACGGCCACUCAGACGGAGGUCUAUGAGAAAAGUGCGAAAUCCAUUGUCGCCUCUGUCCUCAACGGUUACAAUGGGACGCUCUUCGCUUAUGGUCAAACAGCCUCUGGAAAAACAUACACCAUGGAGGGUGUGACAGAGCGCUUCGUGUCGUGCGCGGACGACAUACUGGAUAUUUUGGAUGAAGGCAAAAUGAACAGGCACGUGUCUACUCACGUACCUUACAGGGACUCAAAGUUAACACGAAUUUUGCAGCAGUCACUGGGAGGAAAUUCAAAAACAACUAUUAUUAUCGCCGCGUCACCAGCAGCUUCCAAUGAAGCCGAAACAAGGUCUACCCUGAUUUUCGGUGUCCGGGCGAAGAAUAUUAAGAACCAAGUGGUUCCGAACACUCAGCUAACUUCUGAGGAAUGGCGACGGCUCUAUGAACGAGAGUUAGAUCGUAGCAGACAGUUGUACUCCGCACUGACCAAUUUGGAUGCAGAAGUGCGCAGAUGGCGGAAUGGUGAAACCAUUCCCCGGGAAAAGUGGUUCACGGAAGACCAAUACGGGAAGUCGUUUUAUGAACUUGCCAAUGAGUUAUCCGAAAUCUGUACAGCUGCAUCUGCCAGCGAGACAUUAUUUGCGGGGGGCGCUACUGAUCCCUGUUUUUCCAGCGCUGGAGUAAUUCCUCUCAGUGAUUCUGCCAGGUUGAAAAUAAGACGACCGACGUCAUCGGAUGAUACGCAGCUCGCUGAGUUGUUCCGUCUGCUGGACGAGAAAGAUGACGAAAUCAAUCAACAAUGUCAAUUGGUGGCCCGAUUGGAGGUACAACUUACACGGACACGUGAUGACUACGCAAGAGCGAGUAGAGAGAAUGAUAAGCUGCAAACACUUCUACAGAAAGCUCAGCGCGACGCAGAUGUGCGCCGCAACGAAGUAAAAGACGUGCUGCAGGCUUUGGAAGAGCUGGCCAUUACGUACGACGAGAAGAACACAGAAUGCAAAAAGGUGGCCAAAGAGUUGGAAGAUGUUACAACUGAAAUGAGCCGGAUUAAAGAACAACUGGACAAGCAUGAAGCGGAUGCCGAGGAGUUGAGGACCAACAGUGCAACCCUGAGGGAGAAACUGCGUGAGCUGAUUUACAGCCUGAAUGUGGAAUUACAUGAACUUGGUUGUCAACUAAACGAAGUCAUAACGCAUACGACACCGGAAAGGUCAUCCACAGUGGAAGAGCAAGCUGCCGUACUUAAACUGUACGUUUUGCAGAUCAAAAGCGAACUGAACACGCUUCUUAAAGGAACUAGGGUUGUGGCCCCUGAUAUCCGCAUCAUUCAGAGCUCACCCACCGAGACUCUAUAUUCCACCCACACUCCGCUACCGAUGACCGAAUAUUCAGAAGAAGUUCAACGCGAGUACGAACGGAAGAUGAAAGAGGCAUCGACCAAGGAGGUGACCAUAAUGGACGAAGAGUCGGUCGACACACAAUCUGUCGGAACAGCCGUGCAACGUGAACGCAUCCAGUUCAUGAAAUCUAGCUUGGAUAAUCUGACUAGAGCACACAAACAGUUAGUGCGUGACAACGCUGAUCUACGAUGUGAAAUUCCAAAGCUUGAGAAGCGGGUCAAGGCAAGUUUAGAGCGCAUUAAAGAUUUGGAAGUUGCACUACGCGAGUCGAAAGAGGCCAUGAUUCGUGACAAACGACGCUACAAUCAAGAAAUUGACCGAAUCAAGGAAACCGGCUGGGCAAGAGCAAACACACGUUUGAGGACAAACAUUGGUAAACCAAUCCGGGCCGGUCAAACGAAGGAUGUAAUUUGA